CGCGUUUUUCGCCUCAUCUCUUCAUAAAAAGAGCGCAACUCUCUUCUCGUCUCCCCCAGCAGACAGUUUUCUCUCAAAACCAGACUAAUCUUUCUUACGAACGAACGUAAAGCAUGGCGUCAACAGCUUUUGCUAUUGUUUUGGAUGACGAACAGGAUGUGACGACGCUCCCUGUCCAUGCCGAAGAGCUCUCGCCAAAGAUUCCUAGAAAAUUUGAAGGACGUAAAGCCCAAAGAAGCUUCAGCCAAGAAGACCUGGAGGAGAAAAUGUCCAAGGCAGCCGAACGCAAAGCAGAGCACAUUCGGAAUCUUGCUCUCAAGGCCCACCAAGCGACCACCCACGCCAUCGAGACCUCCCAGGCCGUUCACGAAUCUCAAGUGGCCCACACACAAGACACCUACCGCAAGCUAUGCGAAAAGAUGCGCAUGGCUGACAUGCUUCGAAAGGAAGCUGUUGAAAAGCGGGGCGAAAAGCGCCAGCGACGAUGCAGUGUACCUGCACGCGUUGUUCCAGAUGUGGAAUCCAAGUUGGAGGCGGCUGCACUUCGUCGCAUGCAAUUAGAGGAGGAGAGGAUGGAAAAGUUGAAGAGGCAUGAGGAGCAUGCCGAGUGGGUCAGGAAGAGGAAGAUGGGCGGAAUGGUGGUGGGUGUGUAAUGUAAAAAGAAUGGACUUUCAACUUUGUGUAAAGGGGUUUAUGUGUGAACCAAAUUUGUAAAAGUAUACCCAAUUAACAUGAUGCAAUUCUAAUCGCUAUCGCUAGAACUGCUAGAACUGCUACCGC